CUCACAACCCAAAGCUUGGUGCUGGCCGGUUGCCCCAUGCACUAGCUAGCUAGAUCCUCCUGUCUCUAUUCAACAACUCCAUCCGAUCAGAUCUCUUUCCAUUCAUCACAGGUUUCAUCAUCACCAUGACGAGGCUCAAACCUCCCGCUCGAAAGAUCCCUCCCGCGGUGGCCGAUCAAGCCAAACUCAAAAAGACCAGCAGUGUCAAUAGCCAAAACAACAACAACAACAACCACACACGGCAGGGCAAACUCCAAAUGGUACUCAUCCUCGUCAUGGCGGUAUGCAUGGGAAUGACACUCUACGUCAAUGUCACCAGUACUUCGGCAUCCAACAUGGACAUGAUACAGUACAGUGCGGCAUUUCAUCAGGCCAUUGAAGAUUUUAGACAGGGAGCCAUGUCGAGAAAAUCAACAACCACAACAUCCAACCAACAACAACAGUCAUCCAAACAACAACCUGUCUUGGGAGACUCGCUCAUUGCCAAACUAUCCUGUGAACCACAUGGAGGACCGGCUGAUGAAUUCGCACAGGAAAUGAUUUACUGGGAAGAUAUUCCAUCCGAUGCACUAUGGGUCAGUCCCUUUCGACAAAAGAGAGGAGAACACAGGCGAUACAUGACAUUUGAACCAGAUGGAGGUGGCUGGAACAACAUUCGCAUGGCCAUGGAAACUGUCGUGGGAUUGGCGGCUGCCAUGGGAAGAACUCUGGUAUUGCCACCACAAAAACAAAUGUACUUGCUAGGAAAAGGUGACAACAAACAGAAACGACACUUUGGAUUCGAAGACUUUUUUCCAAUGCAGCAAAUGGCAAUGGAAAAUGCCGCCAUUGACAUGAUCACCAUGAAAGAGUUUCUGGAACUAGAAGCCAUGACAGGGAACCUCAAAGAUAAAGCCACUGGAAGAACAUCCUUCCCACCCUACAAUCGAACCGACUGGAAUGGAUUAUCGGGAAUGGAAUACGAUGAACUCCGAGAAUGGCUACGAACAGUCACAUUGGUCCCGCAGUGGAAUCCCGAAAAGUGCUUGGCAGCAUUCCCCGCCAAUGGCGAUCACUCCAGUGUACAAGAACUCAUUGAUAUGCAACAAACAAUUCACAAAGAAGGAAUCAAGAUUGAAUCCUACAUUGGAAAUCCCGUGCCCGUAGAUGGUCCUCCCAUUGAUCGAAUGAAGGAAAAUCUAAACAACAGGAGAGACCUAUGUGUCUAUGAUGAAGCUAUGGAGAAGGAAAUGGUGGUCCAUUUUGCCUGUGCACACAAACUUGGAUUGCGACUCUUGGUGCAUUUCUAUGAAUUCCUCUACUUGGAAGACUGGAAGGAGGAUCUCUGGAUGAAACGCUUCAUGAGAGACCACAUGAGGUACAAUGAUGAUAUCCAGUGUGCUGCAGCAAGGCUCGUACACAUGAUGAGGCAAUUGGCAAGAAAGAAUGGAAACCCCACUGGGGAGUUUGACUCCUUUCACAUUCGGAGAGGUGAUUUUCAGUACAAGAAUACCCGUAUUCCUGCGGAAGAAAUUCUGACAAACAUCAGGCAAUACUUGACUCCCAAUACCACCAUCUUCAUUGCCACGAUGAAAGGGACAAGUCCUUCUUUGAACCAAUGCGAAAGUACUACAAUAUAUACUUCAUGGAUGACUUUAAGGAUCUGUUGCAGGGAGUGA